AUGUCAACAACCGAGAACACAACAACAGUUAUAGUUCAUGAAGCCAUAAAUGAAGAAUAUGAGUACAUACAGUUUAACAAACAACUCCGUCUCAUUCGUUCGGUCAAAGACGAUAUGUACCAAAUGCAAAGUAUUUUGACAGCAUGUUUUGCACCAGAUACUAAACUUCCUAAAGACUGGUUUAGGAACCAAAGCACACAAGAACUUUUGAGCGAAGCACAGCGAGUAGGGAAGAAACCCCAGUCGCCAAAACUCUAUGAAAAUCGUGAAAAAUUGCCAAACGGUUUGAGAGGAUAUUAUGUUCAUAGACUUCUCGUAAAUGCUGUAGCAAUGUGGGCUUCACCUCGUUAUGCUUGGUAUGUUUGUAAACUUCUUGACGAAAUUCACAGACAAGAACGCGAACAGAUGGAAAAGAAACUUCAAGCAAAAGACGAAGUCAUUGAAUCCAAAGACAAAAGCAUACAGAAAAGAAUACCGCGUUCAGUACCAAAAGGAAAGGAAAAGAGUUAUAAGUAUAUGAUAUAUACUGAAGAGAUGGAAAAUGAAGAAGACAGAGAUAUGGUUAUGUUGCAUUUAGUCAGAAGAAACAACAAAAGCUUUUACGACCUCGCUAAGAUAUAUAAAUCUGACAGAAACUGGUUCUAUCGUGAAAACUUACCGAUUUCAAUGACACCGAAUGAGCAAAUAAAGGAAAUUGUCAAAAGUACUCUUCCUCAAACACACUAUGACAUCAAAGGUUGCACAAUACUUACAUUCAAAGAAGACUUACCAUUACUGAAGGAAAAAAUAACAGAGUAUUUCGAUAACUUCAAAGAGGAAGAAUGA